CUUGUACUUUGAAGACAACCUUGUGGCCUACUAGUUGUGUAGUGAAGGGACGUCGAGUAGAAGGUGCUAAGUGGGGAACGAAGGACGAAGUGUUCUUGCAAGCGAGCGAAAGAGAUAAAUUAAUAAAUAAACACGACAAAAGCC